AUGGGUCGAUGGGACGAGUGCGACGAGUUCGGCGGUUUGGGCACCGAGUGUGUUUCGGAGGGGAGGGGAUGGGGAGGGGGUGUUUGUGUUAUAUUACUCCGCGACGAAAGCUGGGACCGGUGUUUUCACGGCAUAGGCACCGCCACAUCCCCACUCGUUACAGGUCCGUACAUCCCGACUCCUCCUACCACCGACCCCUGGAUUUGCCCUGUAGAGCAGGGUGGGGCGAUCGAUCCCGCAUACUUCCACGACGCGUCGUCGGGGAAGGACUACAUCCUCUACAAAAUCGACGGGAAUAGUAUCCAAGGCCCAACACCUAUACUACUCCAGCAAAUCUCCCCUGACGAUGGCGUGAGCAAGAUCGGCGAGCCGGUGCAGAUUCUCACGAACGAUGCAGGGGAGAAUUUAGUCGAGGCGCCGGGGAUGUUUCGGACGAAGGAUGAGAGGUUCGUGCUGGCUUAUUCCACGGGCGCUUAUACGGAUGGGAGUUAUGCCCUCCGGUAUGCCAUCGCGAGUAGUUUGACGGGGGCUUUUGUUAAGGCUAACAGGGAGACCGUGGCUCGGGACGGGUGA